AUGUGUAUGAAGGCUCAGUGCUCUACCUGCAACAAGGUCACCUGGUGGGGCUGCGGUGCCCAUAUCCCUUCGGUGAUGGACUCGAUCCCGGAGGACGAGUGGUGCUCAUGCUCGCCCCAGGUUGAGAAGGAUGGCAAGAAGUACCCGCCUAAGGCUGCCAAGUGA